UCCUCGUCACUAUAUAUAGGGUGUCCAUGCAUGUUGGGCACAAGUUUUCGCUUUCCUCUAGUAGUUAAAGACAAGAGAUCUCUUCACGUGUAGAUUGUCACUCUCACCUGCGAUUGUCAGUCACAGCUGAGUGCGCUGCCCGACCGACACGACUCUUUAUUCCCAUUGGCGGAUCGUAGCGUUGCGCGUUAUCGGUGUCCUAUUGGAGAGAAACGCUAUCGAGUCAGAAGCGCAACUCGGAUCUAAAGUUGCGAAGUUCGCAGACCGCGCGUGCUUGGAUAUAAACGCGUACACAUAAAGUGACAGAAUAAACCGUGCGCACUUAGCCCGUAACCGAGGCCGACUGAAGCACGGUGCUGUGCAGAGCCACUAGAGGGUCAUGUCUGAUAACAGCACCGGCAGUACCGGCUCCUCCAGUAACAGCUGGACUCUGCUGUCUCCGGAGGAGGCUGCUGCUGACCCUGCUGCACCAGUGGAUGAUGGGACAGAAAGUCUUGGAGAUGCUCCCUCUCUUUCUGAAGAAUUAGCAGGGAGUCCUUUGGAGGUGAGGUCACACGACCCUGAAACUUCAGUGGUGGAGACCAUCAUGUCAGAGGAGGGUCACCAGGUCAGUGCAUCACCAACGAUUUGCCAGGAAACAUCUCCAGAAUGCUUUGAAGAAAUGGGAGCCUCUGGCCAUGCUCCCGUCGAACUUGAUCCAGAGAUCCACGCUCCUGUCAUCCACGACACCAUCACCAGUUCUCCUCCUGACAGUGACCUUUUGGGCGCCGUCCCAUUUAGCAUCAGUACAGAAUCAGCCUUUCAAUAUUCAGAGGAGUCGGCCCUUGACGAACCCACCGAGGAGGACAUUACUGAUGUCUUUACAGGCCAGCAUGCUCCUGUUCAAGAAAGCCCCAUUCCUGAACUAGAGCCCAAAAUCACCUCCACCCCUGAACCGUUUAGAGAAAUAAGCCCCGCCUCUGCAGUCCCUGUGGUUGAUAUUCAUGCUGAUGUACAUCCUGUCCCUAAAACUCCGCCUCUAGCUUCGCCCGAUGAGGCUGAUACAGGUUUUGGUUCUACAGCAGAAAGCCCCGCCCCUUACAGCCCUUAUCCAGAAACCAUUGGAUCGAUUGAAACUGAGGAAGAGGAGCCUACCAUUGAGAAAGAGGAAAGAGAGCUGCCAGAGAAAAUACCAGAUGUGGUCAGAGAACCAGAAUCCCUUAGUGCUGAACUACCAGCGGGCGGUUCAGGAGAGGGUGAUGGUCUACGGCUCCGACAUGUGCAGCCAACCAUAGUGCUGAGGCGAAGCUCUGACGACGAGGAUGAGGAAGAGGAGGAGUUUAAUCUGCCAGAGAAGAAGGAGGAGAAACGAAGUUUCUCUUUAAAUCAGCUAAUAGUCGGAGCACUGGUGCUGCUCUGUGUCGGCUCUUUCUUCCUCUCAGGUUCUGUGGAUGACCAGUCUGUUGAUGAUUUUGACGGUACCGAACUAAGUGAUCAGGAGCUUCUUGAUAAACUUGCCCAAGAGAAUAAACAAAUUAACGUGCUGGAGGCCCAGAUAGAGUCACAGAAAGAAGAAUUGGACAGAGCUAUAAAAAUGGCCGUAGAUAAGCACAGUACUGAGAAAGGUGCACUUGAGAACGAGAACGUUGAAUUAAAGGGCCAGCUUUCUGAACUUCCUGGUUUAAAAGAAGAACUGCAGAUGCUGAGAGCUCGAGUCGCCGAACUUACCCAGCUUACAGUUAAAGAAGAUCUCCAACAACAUGUCGCCACCUCUGACCCAAUUUCCACCGGCGAAUCCGAUCCAGCAGAACCUGAGAAACUCUUGGAUAAGAAAGAAGAACUCAAGAGGCAGAAAGGUCUGUUGGAGGAAAGCAGGAAGAGGCUGGAGGGGAUGAAGAAACACAGCGGGAGCAAACAUGAUGUGAGGGAGAGCCUGGUGGAGAUGCAGAAGAGACUCUCCAAACAGGUGGACCAGCUGGGUAAGAGAGAAGACUGGAAGAGGAAACACCACGAACACAAAGGAGAAAAGAAGGAAUGGGAUAAAAAGAAAGAACAAGAUCACCGGAAGAAGGAUGAGAUGGAGAGAGGUAAGGAACGGAAGCAUGGGAAGAACAAACGCCACGGUGAUGACAAACACAAAGACCAUCUCAAGAAGUACAAAGAAGAGUGGGACCACAAGAAGAACGAGAGACGGUUGGAAAGAGAGAUGAGACAGAAGGAUAAACCUUGGCAGGCCAAACAGUCUAAACAUCAUCAUCAUCAUCAUCAUCAUGAUCAAGCAGACUUCUGGAAACACCAAGAAGAAAAACUCAGAAGGAACCAGCAUCCCAUUAAGAACUGCCAUGGCACGGACAACUGUGCCGACGCAGAGGGCGUUGUUCCCGUCCACAUUGUCGAGUUUCAGGACCUUCUCGAUGUCUACCUAAGCAAACUGGAAGGAGUUACCGAAGAAAACAAGAAAGCUCUCCAUCGCCUCACUUCUCAGUUCUUCACCGGUGGCGUUUUCAUCCACGACAAAAUGCUAUUCAGCGAGUUCGCCGAGGAUGUGGCAGACAUCUUGGAAGACUUGGCGGACGAUCUGGAAGAUGGGCCAAAUGGGCACCACAGUGAUUCGCUGGAGGAACAGAUGGAAGAAUUCGAGAAGGACGCACUGUUGAAGUUUGCAAUCGUGGCAGCAUAAUGCUAACGCAUAAACUCUUUGGGUUGAAUGGGAAAAUAGUGAAGGAGAACUAGAAAACAUGAUGGUACUAGAAAAAACGAUCUAGCCAUUACUAUACCCGGGCUCUGUAGACUAGAUGUAGUUGUUUGUAAGGAGUCUUUCUUCAUGGAGUUUUGUCAUUUUUAGUGGCGUCCCUCCUGUAAGUUGGGUGUUUUGCUGUAAGCUACCUCUUUCCUGUUCUUCAACGCCACAUCUUCGGUUCUUGCUUGCUGUGUAAAAUGUCAGUCACCUUAAGCAUUGUUGGAACAUGAGUGAAAUGACACAUAUACAGGUGGAUCAAUCACUUAUUAUUAGAUAUGGAGUUUGAACAAGGUUAAUACUAAUACUGGGUGAGUGCAAUAAGACUGCUCCUUAAAAAUUCAACUUAAAAGUUUUUUUAUAUUUUCAGUACAUUUAUUGUUUUAAAUAAGUUUGCUUGUACCUGCCCCGCGAUUUGCUUAGUAAGCUGGUGUCAAACCGGUUUCUUGUAUGCGCCUCUGAGGUUUUAGAGGUCAUUGUGAGCUUUCUACCCCAACUCACAAACACUCUUAAUGUAAAUGAUCAUUUAUUUGAGUUUAUAAUUAUUUUCAAAUAGAAGUUGGAUGUUUGCUUAUGUGCCUUUGUUAGUGAACACUAUGAAUGCUGGUAGUAGUGAAAUAAAUGGUCAGCUCUUGUUUCAACACUAACGCCACACUGAAUGAAAGUGGAAAAAUCAUUUUUUAUUUGCACUGUGCUCAUGUGAACAUUUCUUUCUUUCCUCUGCGCCUCUUUAAAAAUCAGGCAUUGUAAGGAAUCAAUUAGAUUUGAUUAUAGAUGUGCGUUUUGUUGCAGGUUUUGGAAUGAGUACCAUUCGAAUUUUGGCUUUUUCUUGUCUGGUUUGUAAAUACGAAGAACAAUGUUAUUUAAUGGAACUCAUAAUUUAAAGUAAAACAAUCAUAUGGCACAAUGUCCUUUGAUAUUUAAUUUGAA